UCAUUUAAACCCCUCUCCUCCACUUCUCAACUUCAUUAAAAAAAACAGCUUAAACUUGUCUCUCUUCAUUCCCUUAUCUUUCUCUUAAAUUCUCAGCUCCAUUUACACUCCAAAGAAAAUUUGUAUUAACAAAUAUUGCAUGCUUAAAUCUUUAGCAAUGCAAACACUUCUUACUCUUCCACCCUCUAAUCAAGAAAUCUCAUUGUUUGAUACAUCAAUUCUCAAACAUGAACAUAACAUCCCAACCCAAUUUAUAUGGCCAGAUGAAGAAAAACCAUGCUCACAACCGCCUCCGGAGCUCGAGGUUCCUCCCAUUGAUCUAGGAGGGUUCCUCUCCGGAGACCCGGUGGCGGUGUCAAAUGCAACUAGCCUUGCUAAUGAAGCAUGCGAGAAGCAUGGCUUCUUCUUAGUUGUUAACCACGGCGUAAAUUCUAAGCUCUUAGACAAAGCACAUGAAGUUAUGAAUCAAUUUUUUGAAAAGCCGAUUUCUCAAAAGCAGAGAGCUCUUAGGAAACCUGGUGAUCAUUGUGGCUAUUCUAGUAGCUUUGUUGGAAGAUUUACUACUAAGUUGCCUUGGAAAGAGACCUUUUCCUUUCGAUAUUCGGCUGAUGAUAAGGCUUCAAAUAUGGUAGAAAACUAUAUAUUGAACUCAAUGGGGACUGAGUUUCAAGAAUUUGGGUACGACAGUAGCUAUUUGCGGGUGUACCAAGAAUAUUGUAAGGCUAUGAGCAACCUAUCUCUUGGUAUCAUGGAGCUCUUGGGAAUGAGUCUAGGAGUUGGAAGAAACUAUUUCAGGGAAUUUUUUCAAGAGAAUGACUCAAUAGUGAGGCUAAACUACUAUCCACCUUGCCAAAAGCCUGAUAUAACUCUUGGAACAGGACCUCAUUGUGAUCCCACGUCGCUAACAAUUCUUCAUCAAGAUCACGUAGGAGGCCUUGAAGUGUUUGUCAAUGAUAAAUGGUGCUCCAUUCGUCCUAAUCCUGAAGCAUUUGUUGUCAACAUUGGCGAUACCUUCAUGGCUUUAUCGAAUGGGCAGUACAAGAGUUGCUUGCACAGGGCAGUGGUAAACAAUAACACUCCACGAAAAUCACUAGCAUUCUUUUUGUGUCCCAAAGGAGACAAAGUGAUUAGUCCACCAGGUGAACUGGUAGACGACGAGUUAGGGCACCCGAGGGUAUAUCCGGACUUUACAUGGCCACUUUUUCUAGAAUUUACUCAAAAACACUAUAGGGCCGACAUGAAUACCCUUGAUUCUUUCACAAAGUGGCUCAAAAACAGAUCAAGUGAAGAGAUGAAUCGGCAGCAUUGCAACACGAAGAGUGAGUGAGUAAGAGUGUAAGACCAUGCAAGACAUAAGGCACUGCGACUGUUCGACAGGAUAGCAUAUACAUAAAUGACCAAACAAAUGAGUGCUACGUUUUAUAUUAUGUUAUUUGGAUUUUCAUGGUCCUACAAAAAUCGAGAGAAUCGUGUUAAAAUGAUCGAUAAAUUUAUCAAGAAAAAGACUACUACAUUUUAAGGAAUAAAGAGUUGAUUAAUUACAACUCAAACUUUUGAUUAUUA